GCCGAAUAUGAGAGUUGGCAUCCAUCUAAUUGAACCUUCCUUUACCUACCAACCAUUCAUUAUUUAUGUCCUCCUUUAUAUUCAAACUGCUUCACUCUUCAAGACGCUUGAAUAAAGCAACCUCAAAAAGUGAUUGAUUCAUACAUAUACAUUCUUUCAUUUUUUUCACAUUUUAGUACUAGAUAUACUCAGCUAGCCAUACUUCAAGAACUCGGUAUAGUACAAAAGGGGUCCAAUGGGCAAAUUAGCUUUGCUUCAUAUGCUUUGUGGAAUCUUGAUAUUCUGGACUGUAAAAGCAGAGGAUGCUUAUAGAUACUUCACGUGGACUGCCACUUAUGGAAUUGCUUCUCCAUUAGGUACUCCCCAGCAGGUAAUCCUUAUCAAUGGUCAAUUCCCUGGUCCUAGGCUUGAUCUUGUCACAAAUGAAAAUGUUGUCCUCAACUUGAUUAAUAAGUUGGACGAGCCACUUCUUUUGACAUGGAACGGAAUCAAACAGAGAAAAAACUCUUGGCAAGAUGGAGUUUUGGGAACUAAUUGUCCUAUUCCUCCAAAUGCAAAUUACACUUACAAGUUUCAAGCGAAAGACCAGAUUGGAAGCUAUAUGUAUUUCUCUUCGACUCAACUGCACAGAGCUGCUGGAGGUUUUGGAGUACUUAACGUUUAUGCAAGAUCUGUAAUUCCUGUUCCAUAUGCAAAACCUGCUGGGGAUUUCAGUUUGCUUAUUGGUGAUUGGUACCAGACUAGUCAUAAGGCAUUGCGGCAAAUAUUGGAUUCAGGGAAGUCUCUUCCCUUCCCAGAUGGUCUCCUUGUAAAUGGUCAAAAGCAGUCAACUUUCACUGGCGAUCAAGGCAAAACAUAUAUGUUCAGGAUUUCAAAUGUGGGUUUGAAAACUACCAUUAACUUCAGAAUUCAGGCCCACAAGAUGAAGCUGGUUGAGGUUGAAGGAUCUCAUGUCAUUCAAAAUUUAUACGAUUCUUUUGAUGUCCAUGUUGGUCAAUCUUUAUCCAUCCUUGUCACAUUGGAUCAACCUCCGAAGGAUUACUACCUUGUUGCUUCUACAAGGUUCACGACGACAGUUCUUACUACCACUUCAGUGCUCCACUACUCAAAUUCUCAAAUACCCGUGUCUGGACCUGUGCCAGCUGGUCCAGCUGAUCAAUUUCAGUGGUCUUUGAUGCAAGCCAGAACAAUCAGGUGGAAUCUGACAUCAAAUGCAGCUAGACCAAAUCCGCAGGGUUCAUUCCAUUAUGGAAAAAUUACUCCUCCAAGGACAAUUUUGCUUGCCAACUCUGCACCACUUAUCAGCGGGAAGCAGAGAUACGCUGUCAAUGGUAUCUCUUACAUUAAUCCUGACACUCCUCUGAAGCUUGCUGAUCACUUUAACAUUCCGGGGGUGUUCAGUUUGGAUUCCAUUCGAACUGCUCCAGCUGCUGGUCCUCCACACCUAGCUACAGCUGUGUUGCCAUCUUCUCUCCAUGAGUUCCUUGAAAUCGUUUUCCAAAACAAUGAAGACACAAUGCAAUCUUGGCAUCUUGAUGGUUAUGAUUUCUGGGUAGUAGGUUUCGGAUCAGGUACUUGGACACAAGAUAGCAGAAAAGGAUAUAACCUUGUUGAUGCUCUUACUAGACAUACUACUCAGGUUUAUCCUAAAUCUUGGACUGCGAUAUUUGUCUCUUUGGACAACCAAGGAAUGUGGAAUUUGAGGUCUGCAAUGUGGGAUAGGCAAUAUCUUGGUCAACAGGUUUACCUCAGGGUCUAUAAUCCAACAGCCAGUUUAGCUAAUGAAUAUGGCAUACCUACAAAUGCUCUUCUCUGUGGCAAAGCUGCUGGUCGACGUCCUUAAUUUGAUCAAUGCUUCUGAAAGUCUUAUAUUUUCUUGGUCAUAAGAGGUUGACUACAAGAGGUGUCCGGCAAAAGAAACUACUUGCUACUUAAGUUGUACUCCCUACAUAACAACCAAAUAUUUUGUGGUUGUUAGCUAAGUUGAUUUUUUAUGCAAUUAGUUCUGGCUCCGCAGAAAUGGUGUUUAAUGAUUAAAUUGAGAUGGGCAUAAACAAUUUAUCAGAAAAUUGUUCAACUCAAUUUUUAUGGAACCUUAGCCGAAAGAUCAUAUAAUUUUUAUGGAACCUUGGCUGAAGGAUUA